AUGUCGGUACGGGUAGUGGCGCGCAUCCGCCCCUUGCUCCCCCAGGAGCUGGACAAGGACAUCAUCGUGCACGCGGCCAGCACCGAGGACGGCAAGCCCGACACUUUGGUGCGCAUCCCGAGCCCCAAGAACGAGGCCGAAGAGUUCACCUUCGCCUUCAAUGGCGUCUACGACCAGCCCACAACUCAGGAGGAGUUGUUCUCCGCAGAAGUCGCACCCCACCUCAAGUCUCUCUUCCAGGGCCUCGACGUCACGAUAUUUGCCUAUGGAGUCACGGGCACCGGCAAGACGCACACCAUGCGCGGCGGACUGAAGCUGGCAGACCGCGGGGUGAUUCCCAGGCUGCUGAGCGGCGUCUACCGGCGGUCCAAGAAGAUGAUGAAAGACUCGAACGGCGAGACGACGGUGACAGUCGCCCUGUCGUAUUACGAGAUCUACAACGACAAGGUCUUUGACCUGUUCGAACCCCCGGAGAAGCGACUGCCCGCAGGCCUGCCCCUGCGCGAGGCCAACGGCAAGACCAACGUCGUUGGUCUGACCGAGCGGCCUUGCGAGGAUCUGAAGGACUUUGAGAGGCUCUACAUCGAGGCCAACAACAACCGCAUCACGGCUGCUACCAAGCUGAAUGCCCACAGCAGUAGAAGCCAUGCCAUUCUGCGAGUCAAGCUCACCCAGACCACUGGCGACAUGGUUCGCGAGAGCACUGCAUCAGCCAUCGAUCUGGCCGGAUCCGAGGACAACCGACGAACCGAAAACAACAAGGAGCGCCUGGUCGAGUCCGCCGCCAUCAACAAGAGCUUGUUCGUGUUGAGCCAAUGUAUCGAUGCCAUCUCCAGGGGAGACCGCCGAAUCCCCUUCCGCGAGUCCAAGAUGACGAGGAUUUUGUCUUUGGGCCAGAACAAUGGUAUAACCGUCAUGAUCCUGAACCUCGCGCCUCUACGCAGCUACCACCUUGAUACCCUGAGCAGCUUGAACGUCAGUUCGCGCGCCAAACGCAUCGAAGUCCGAGAGAUCGAGAACGAGAUUGUCUAUAAGCAGGUCCCGCGAACGAACUCUGGGAGCUCCGGUUUGAGCGUGACAAGACAGCCGCUUCGGCCCCUGGCCAAUGCGCACAACAUUGCAUCUGGCCAGAUUGCGGCCAAGGAAAAGGAGAAGGCGGCGGCGGAUCGCCCCGUCAAGGCUUUCAAUGUCUACACCGACCGCCCGAAGCCUGUGGUACCUCCUCGUCCUGCGAAUAUGGCUCUCAAGAGGACUGCACCAGCCCAGAAGCGACCCUCUGACCAGGAAAGUGGCAUUGCUAGACCCAGCAAGAUCACGCGGCCGGCUCAGGUAUCACUGGCACAACCCGUAAAGCCACCGCAGCCCAGCGUAUCCGCCGAGCAGAUCGAAGCCAUGGUCGAGAAGAAGGUCGCAGAGAUUUUGGCCUCCCGCACACAAGCUGCCCAGGAGCAACAGCCGGAAAUCAGUGAAGCAGUGCAGAAGCGUCUUGAAGCCCUCGAGCGCCGCAUCGACGAUGGUCGACACGAUGACCACAAGUCAGAAGGGCUUAGAUUUCUCCUGAUGGCUCGCCAGCACAAGGAGCGUGGAGAAGAUUCCAGUGCAUUGAAGAUGUACGAAAUGGCACUGCCGUACUUUCCCGGCCAGGCAAAGCUGCUCUCCAAGAUCGACAAGCUGAAGGCCAAGAUCGCAGCCAAGCGCGAAGGUCGGGAUGCGCCUGCGGAAGUGGCUCGCGAUGCAAGUUCGACAGCGGGUACUCCGUCACGGAAGAAGAAGGUGUAUCGGUUCAACGACGACGAGGACUAUGAAGCUGCCGAGGCGGAUGACGACGACGAAAGCUUUGCCCACAGCCGCAAGCCGACGAGAAAGGUGAAGGCGACCAAACUGGAAUGCAGCCUUGACGAUACACCAUUGACGCCACAGAUGCAAGAGCUUUUGGAUAUCAUCAACUCGGGAGAUGCGAACAUGAUUAUGGGCCUCCAAGGCUUCGGGCCCAAGAAGGCGCGCGACCUCGUCGACUACUUGGAUCAGGAUGGCCAGCGGAUACAGAGCUUGGCGCAACUGCGCGCCAUCCCCGGAAUGGGCGGCCGAGCCAUCGACCGGGCGUAUGAGGGACUUGUGUCGGGACACGCAUAA